AUUCGCAGAUCAGUAUAGUUCAACAGUUUAGAAAAUUUGAUUCCAUUUAAAAUGGAAAAUAAAACGCAAAUUUUAAAUCCAAAUGAAAAUAUCAUAAUACCAUCAUGGAUUAGUGUCGAUUAUUUUAAAAAUAUUUUAACCCAAGAUGAACCAGAAUGUGUAGCGGUAAAAGAGUUCACACCUACAGCUGCUAUACCGCCAGGAGAGAAUUUUACCUCGGUUAUGUUGCGCAUGGAUUUAGAAAUGAAAGAUGGAAGUUACAAACGUAAAACGUAUGUUUUAAAAACCAUGUUAGACGAUGAUAAAGGUGGUGAAGUUAUCAAUAAAUUAGCCUUAUUUCCCAAAGAAAUGGAAAUGUAUCAUAAAUAUUUACCGGCAUUUGAACAACUUUAUACAGCUAUAGGUUGGCAUAUACAAUUUGCUCCGAAAUGUUUAUUUACCGAAAAAAAGAAUGGACGUAUUAAUUUUGUUUUUGAGGAUUUAAGUGAGAAGAACUAUAAAAAUUUAGAUCGUUUACAAGGUUGUGAUAUGCAGCAUAUGAAGCAAAUACUUAGAAGAUUAGCUGAAUUUCAUGCAGCCAGUGCAGUUUAUGAGGAACAAAAUGGUGAUUAUCCAAAAGAUUUUCAGAUUGGUUUUGUAGAUCCUGAGUUUGGAGCAGAAUUUCAAAAAAAUGUAUUCCUUACUAAAGUGGGAGCUUACAAGAAAGCCAUGCUGCAAUGGGGUCUAGAAGAUGUGCAUAAAUAUUUAGAGAAUUUUCCCACUUUCGAUCAAUAUUGGAAAUGCUGUCUAAGCACUUUACAACAAAAAACCAACAAAUUUAAUGUCCUAACUCAUGGUGAUUUUUGGUCUAGUAAUAUUAUGUUUUCAUAUUUACCUAAUGGGCUGUUAAAUGAUUUAAUAUUUUUGGAUUUUCAAAUCUGUAAAUGGGGUAGUCCGGCUGAAGAUCUUUUAUUUUUCAUAACAAUUUCCUCUGCCAAAGAUAUAAGAAUCAAAGAAUUUGAUCAUUUUAUUUCUAUUUAUCAUGAACGUUUAGUGGAAUGUUUAAAAGCUUUAAGUUUCAAAAAGUCUCUACCCAAAUUAAGGGAUUUACAAAUGGAUAUGUUUGAUCAAAGGAAUUCGUUUUAUGCAUUUUUCGCCUGCUUUAAUCACUUGGCUGCUGUCAUGCUGCCCAGUGAUAAAGAUGCCAGUAUUCAUACAUUUUCUCGUCCGGAUGAUAUCGGUGAACAAUUUCGCAUGAAAGCUUUUACAAAUCCCCGCUAUGUGGAUGCAAUGAAAGAUAUAUUUCCUUUCUUUUAUAGAAGAGGGGUCUUUAAUUUUACGGACUAUGAUGAAAAAUUAAUUAUUAUUUAUAUACCGAUUAGUCGUUUAGCCAAAUUUUGUAGAAAUAUCAUAUAAUAGAGUAAUUUAUGGUCCCAAAUGAUUUUUAUAUAUUCAAAAAACUGAAUUAUAUUCAAACAGUUUGAUACUGAACAAUACUGUGAACGAAAAGUUAAUUAUAUCAAUUAAUAUAAAAGCUUUUUUAUUUGAAAUGUUAAUCUAA